UCGGUGUGCGCACUGCGCAGCGUAAGCAUAAAGUCGAACACAUAUUGUGCGACGUCACCACAACUUCCUGUUUGCGUUCCACUUUCUCUAAUCUCUUCAGCGAACAAUGGCUGAAUUAAACAGACAACUACAGGAAUAUUUGGCCCAGUCUAAAAGCGGCGCGAAGACGAUAUCAGAGUCCAGUUCCAGCACCAUCUUAGACAUCGAUGAACCCGCUACGGUUCCAGGCAGCUGGUUCGGUAGGUGGUCCAGUCCGAUCUCCAGUAACAGUCGAGGAGCGUCAUCAGCCCAGAGCUCCAGCAGCGGCUUCUCUUGGCCGUGGUCAUCAGAACCGGACCCAUGUUUACCGGGCAUGAGUCGAUCCCAGCGACUGAUCGGGUUCGGGACGUGUAUUUUCUUCUCCGCACUGUGCUUUGGAUUGUCGGCGCUUUACGCUCCGUUGUUGUUGCUGAAGGCGCGUAAGUUCGCGCUGUUGUGGUCACUCGGCUCCGUGUUCGCGCUUGUCGGUGCGGCUAUACUUCGGGGACCCAGUAAACUCAUCUCGACUCCCACGCCGGGAGCCGCGGUGUAUUUGUGCUCUCUGGUGGGUACCCUGUACGCGGCCCUGAGCCUCCACAGCACGCUGCUCACCGCUCUCGGAGCCUGCCUUCAGAUUGGUGCUAUCGUGGGAUACACCGUGGCUUUGCUGCCUGGUGGGAGCGCUGGGAUGAGAUUUGUGGGUGGCAUGGCUGCGUCGGCUAUUAAAAGAACCGUGUCCGGUAAGACAAUGCCGAUAUGACCACGGAUUUUACGGACUAUACAACACACAAGCUGUUGAAGUGCUGCGCCAUGGACACCAUAAUAAUGGUACUACAAAGUGAUUGUGAAAACUGGAUAUUUAUAGAGGAGCCGUGUAAACAGCAUGGAUUGGAUGUCCACAUUUUGCCAGUUUAACUGUGACGGGGACCAUAUACUAAACCUGAUAAUGUGACUAACACAUCAAAUACAACUAAACGUUUAAUUGGGUCUUGUAGCUUUUUAUAAACACUUUAUUCUGUAAAUAAAAUGAAGCUUAAUUCUG